AUGGCGACAGCGACACUAAAUGCAGGCAACGCUGAGUGUUUGGUCACUCCCGCCCCUCUGGUGGUUGGAAAGGUAAGUCACUGCAGCAUAGAGCUGAGGUGGAAGAGUGAGGGGACAGAGGGCAGAACCGGCCGUCCUGAACACAGGAUCCGCUACCGUCUGGAGGAGAUUGAGCCCGAAACAGGCAUUAAAGGCAUCAUAUACGUAGGGUAUGGUACUUGCCAUGUAGUGCAAGGUUUGGAGGCUGAAAGUGUCUAUAAGUUUAGACUGAAGGUCAUUAGGGAGUCCUCAUGGGAGUGUGUUUUCAGCUCAGUGCUCUGUGUCUCCACCGCAAGAGAACAGCCGAGUGGGAGAAACCUCCAUCAGGUUGUGAGCAGUAACGAUGAGAAGGAGCUGAUCAAAAUCCUGCAGUCAGGUACAGUCAAUGUGAAUGGUAUGGGCAGCAUUAAAAACACACCCCUCAUGGUGGCAGCACAGAAUGGCUUUUCCAGGUUAGUGUGUGUACUGCUGGAACAUGGGGCGGAUGUGAAAAUGAGGGACAGUGAUGGGAAGGAUAGUCUCAUGCUGGCCUGUUGUGCGGGGCACUUGGACGUUGUGAAGACUCUACUUAAAUCUGGGGCUUCCUGGCGGUCUAGGGAUGCAGGAGGUUGCACGCCACUGCACUGGGCUGCUGAAGGAGGUCACGUAUCCAUCGUUGAAUAUUUGAUCCAAGACGGCUGUGAGGUGAACGUGAGAGAUUGGCUGUGUCGCAGGACACCCCUCAUGAGGGUCGCAGAGGUCAGCGGUAACACAGCUGUCGCCUCCCUGCUCAUCCACGCCGGGGCGGACGUCAACAUCGGUGACCAGAACGGAAAAACUCCACUCAUGGCUGCUGUCGUGAUGAACCACGAGGCACUGGUGAAGCUGUUGCUGGACAGCGGUGCUGACUGUGACAUGAAGGACAAGUUUGGAUCCUGUGCAGCUAAAUGGGCAUUAGCAUGUGAGAGACAGGUAAAUGAAAACUACUUCAUGAAUAUUUUUGCUUGCAUAGAUUAUUUGCGUUUGACGUAUUUGUACCGUGUAUGA